ACUCUCUCUCUAUAUAUAUAUACACAUAUACACACAAAAAAAGAAAGAAAAAAAACCAGAGGGGUCGUACUAUCGUAGUAUAUUAUAAUAAGACCAAUUUAUUAGAAUUCAUAUUUUUUAAAUAAAAACAAAAGAAAAGGAAGGGUGGGACCCACCUACACAGUAUAAUUCGACCGCCUUCUUUGUCGUCUCUCUCGUCUCCGUUCACCUCCGUCGUUCCUUUGCCUUUGACUCUCUCUCUCAAGUCGUGUAACCCAUUACUCUCUCUCUCUUAUAAGCUUUGAUCCUCUCUUUCUCUCUCUGCGUCCUCUGAGCGUACUCUGCUCCCUUAUUUCAGAGAGGAGAAGAAGAAGAAGAAGAAGAAGAAGGAGAAGUGUCUCUAACCUUGUUGCUUGUUCCGUAAACCCCAAAACCCAAAACACGAAACAAGAAAGUGGGUACAAGUCUCAGCAGGAAACAGGGGAAGAGAGAGAAACAUACUUAACCCCAUUUUGGGAUUUAUUUUUAUUUUUUUUCUCUAAUCCCCAUCUAAUCUUUUCUCGUCUUCUUCCCAACUUUAAGCAAAAAGUGAAAUAUAUAUAUAUAUAUAUAUUAUGAGCAACCAACAGGGUUUUUCUCUGUUGAUUAGUUUUGGGUUUUAGGCCUGUCUUUGUGGUUUUGAAUCAUUUUUGUUUGUUCUUUUGGUGUGGAGAGAUAAAAGAAGAGGGGACUUAUGGCUGGUGAUAAUGAAGUCAACCUCAGUGAAUCUAAGAGAGUGGUUCCGCUUAACACAUGGGUACUCAUCUCCAAUUUCAAGCUAGCUUAUAAUCUCCUUCGCCGGUCUGAUGGAACAUUCAACCGUGAGUUGGCAGAGUUUCUUGACCGUAAAGUUGUUGCCAAUACGAAUCCUGUUGAUGGGGUUUUCUCAUUUGACCAUGUUGAUCGAGCCACAGGUCUCCUCAAUCGGGUUUAUAAACGGACCCCUGAAAAAGAGGCUCAAUGGGGCCUUGUAGACCUUGAAAAGCCCCUGAGUACCACCAAGAUCGUUCCAGUCAUUGUGUAUUUUCAUGGUGGAAGCUUCACUCACUCCUCAGCAAACAGUGCCAUCUAUGACACCUUUUGUCGCCGACUUGUUAACAAUUGCCAAGCUGUUGUAGUCUCUGUGAAUUACCGCCGAUCACCGGAACACCGGUACCCUUGUGCAUACGACGACGGCUGGGCUGCUCUGAAGUGGGUCACAACAAGAAGUUGGCUUCAAAGUGGAAAAGAUUCCAAGGUUCAUGUAUACCUUGCAGGAGAUAGCUCUGGUGGCAAUAUUGCUCAUCAUGUUGCUGUAAAAGCAGCUGAAUCUGAAGUUGAGGUAUUGGGAAACAUCCUUCUUCACCCUAUGUUUGGAGGGGAGAAGAGAACAGAAUCAGAGAAGAGAUUAGAUGGUAAAUACUUUGUUACUGUUCAAGACCGUGAUUGGUAUUGGAGAGCAUAUCUUCCUGAAGGAGAAGACCGAGACCAUCCAGCUUGUAACAUAUUUGGCCCCAGGGGUCAAAGCUUGGAGGGCGUCAAGUUUCCUAAAAGUCUUGUUGUUGUUGCUGGUUUGGAUCUUGUACAAGAUUGGCAAUUAGCUUAUGUUGAAGGGCUCGAGAAAUCCGGUCAGGAUGUGAAGCUCCUUUAUCUAAAGCAAGCCACUAUUGGGUUCUACUUCUUGCCAAAUAACGAACACUUCUAUUGUUUAAUGGAGGAGCUGAAGAACUUCGUGAAUCCUAACUGUUGAUAACUACUUAACUUUACCUACAGGCAGCCAUACAUAGCAGAAGAAGCUUGACAUUUUACUCGGGUUUUUUUCCCCCCCUUUUUUCACAGUGAUGGUGUGUAGAUGUAAGAUUGUGUAGUAUUAAUUCUUACCUUUAUUAUAUAUAUCAUUGGUGGUGGUGUUUUGAGAGUUCUUCUGUUUGGACUAGUUUGUUCUUUAUCUGGGGAUAGCUACAUCUUGGAGUAACUGCCUUGGAUAUUCUAGUUUCAUCAGCUUGAAAGGAUCAGAACUCAUCAAUGGGAUUUGGCAGAACCACCAUUAUCAGAACUACAACCCUGGCAAACUUUUUGGCCAUGAAUGAUAUGGGAAGGAGAGCAGUGUGGGGGUAAAAACACUUGGUAGUUGCUGAAUCUUUCUUAGUAAAUGCAUACAUAUAAGCACUAAUUUCAGAACAUGAAAUGGAAUAUCUCCAUUCUGUUAUGAACUUUGUAUGUUAUACGUUGUGUUCUAGAGUUAAUAUAAAGAUCAAUGUUUCGUUCUUAAAUCUCAUUGAGUAGGGUUUUCAUCUUACAAUGGCAAGAGCAAGGUCUUUGUAUUGUUUCAAUGUUUAGUUCUUUUUUUUUUAAACUCUGUUGUUUUACUAAUGAACAUCUCUAAUCUUGACAAAUAGUCGAGACAGUGGAUAGUGUAACUUGAUAAAUUAACGUUUUAGAAUGUUUCUUUUUGUGAUCA